AUGGAAACGUCUCGCUAUCUAUCCCCAGAGGGGAUAAUACUAACCCCUAGUCCCGUGGAAUCGGUGGACUCUCCUGCACCGACAGCGCCGGUGUCCGCUGGCCACCGCGAGAACGACGUCAUGAUACCUCUGCCACGUCCCCCGGCCCCUUCUCCGAGUCGCUCGCCCUUCGCCCGUUCCCAUUUUCGGUCUCGAUCUCUGGCUGAGGUAUCUGGCCUACCUCCUAUGACGCGCGCUCACUCCACCCCGGGGCUGGACUCACGGGGUAGAUAUAUCUUCGUUCAUGGUCGCGAGGCACCAACAAGUUCACCCGAGAAUGCCGCGAAACGCUAUCUACCAUUCCAGGCUCCAAUAGGGGACAGCCUUGAGUCUAGAAUGGUACCCUUGAACAUCUCCGAGCCCAUUUUGGAGUAUGCUGAGCUGGACACCGCGAUGCCAUCCUCCUCUUCAACCCAGGGAGAACCUCGUACGGCCUCACCUGUGUUAUCCAACACUUUCCCCCGAAUGACCCGCCGACGACCGUCAUCCCCUCUCCAUUUCAACCCGAUGAAUUCCACUUUUCAGUCGGCCAACAGCCCCUCUUCCGCACACUCGUCUCCGAUAAUUCUCAACUCAAGAUUCAACGAAUCCUUUCCUAGUUAUUCGACGUCUUCUGCUUCAUCAAUGCCCUCAACGCCAACAAGCAUUCGCUCGCGGAGUCCGAGUAUCUCAUCCUUAGAGACUAUUCCUGACAUUCCCGAUGCCGAAGCUGCGGCUAUUGAAGCUGAUCGGAUCGCUGCCUUGAAAGCUGCGGCUGAUAGAGCAGAUGAAGCGGAUGCUGCGACGAACGGAAAUCGUCGGCGAGGGGCAUCAGACGCGUCAGGCCCUUCAAGCUCCCUGAUGAACAUGCGAACCGUAUCGGGGGGGUACGGUCUUAGGACUGAUAAACGGAAACGGUGGAGCGUUUGUGGGGCCGAACGUCGUCAAGAUCUCGACUUAGAGACGAUCUGGGAGGAUUGA